AUGGACGAGACGGCCCCAAUUGUCGAUGAAUCCGCUGCGGAGCAGGGCCCCGACAGCACCAUGGCGAAGAGAGUCUUGCGGAAGAUUGAUAUGCGACUGGUGCCUUUGUUAUUCUUCACAUACAUGCUUAAUUUCAUGGACAAGACCAUCCUCUCCAGCGCGUCUGUGUUUGGCCUCUCCGAUGACACUGGACUGGUUGGGCAGCAGUAUAGCUGGGUCUCCUCGGUCUUUUAUUUUGGCUUCCUGGCAUGGGCAUACCCGACCACCGUGUUGAUUGCUCGCCUGCCCGUCGCCAAGUACCUGACGGCCAACACGUUCUUCUGGGGCGCCGUGGUUGCCCUCACCGCGGCAUGCAAAAACUUUGGAGGCCUGAUGACGGUUCGCUUCUUGCUUGGGGUUGCCGAGGCGACUAUUACCCCGGCAUUCAUGUUCAUCACCUCGACAUGGUAUACGCGUGAUGAGAUCCCCACGAGGACAGGCCUGUGGUUUGCUGGCAAUAGUGUCGGCGGGAUCGCGGCCAGUCUGAUGGCCUAUGGCUUAGGACAUGUGGAUGACCACGUUGGACCGUGGAGAUGGAUGUUUAUCGUCCUUGGCCUGUUAACAUUCCUCUGGGGAUUCGCUCUCUGGACGAUGCUCCCGGAUUCCAUUUCAACGGCCAAGUUCCUGUCCGCAGAAGAACGUCGAUUCGCGGCCAACAGAGCCGUGGUUGCUGGAACUGGGGCAACCGAGAAAACAGUCUGGAGGUGGGACCAGGUCGUGGAAUGUCUGAGGGAUCCGAAGACCUGGCUGAUUUUCGGGCUGGAGAUCCUGACUCAAAUCCCCAACGGAGGCACCCAGAACUUUGCAAAUCUGGUGAUUAAGUCGUUUGGGUUCACCAGCCUGCAGUCGACGCUGAUCACUAUCCCUUACUCGCUCAUUACCGUGGCCGCAAUUACUGGCUCGGGCUGGCUGGCUGGUCGUUUCCGCCAAAUGAACUGCCUUUUAAUCGUCGCGGUCAUUUUGCCCUGUGUGAUAGGCAGCGCCAUCAUCUACUCUCGUGCUCACGUUGUCCAUGGAGUUCAACUGUUUGGCUAUUUCCUCCUGUCGACUGGGCCAGCUGCGAUGCCGCUCGCCAUGUCGUUAGUGCAGGCCAACUACCGCGGCGUCACGAAGAAAAUGACAAUGACCGCGAUGCUCUUCUUGGCCUACUGUGCCGGGAAUAUUUCGGGGCCUCAGUUCUUCCUCAGUCAUGAGGCGCCCACGUACAACACUGCUUUCCGCACAAUCAUGAUUUGUUAUGCCUUGGCGGUGCUUCUGGCGCUUUGUCUGCGAUUCUACUUGCAAUGGAUGAAUGCUCGCCGCGUACGAGUGGAGGGCUUCGAGGGCAGUGCCGGGAAUGCAGGUACUGUUGGUAGGGCUAAAGUAUCGGACGCCGGCCACGAUACGAAUAACGUGGCGCAGAUGGUGAACCAGGUUCAUCUUGUAUCUAACGACUAUGAGGAUAUCACGGACUGGAAAACGCCGGGGUUUAGGUACCGAUUCUGA